AUGUCCCCAACAAAUAGCUCCUCUAUUCACCCCUCAUCCUUCCUGCUGUUGGGAAUCCCAGGAUUGGAAAAUAUGCAGCUCUGGCUUGGCUUCCCAUUUGGUACAGUGUAUCUGAUUGCCCUUCUAGGGAACAUCAUCAUCCUCUUUGUGAUCUGGACAGAGCACAGCCUUCACCAGCCCAUGUUCUAUUUAUUGGCCAUGUUGGCUGUGACUGACCUGGGUCUGUCCACUGCCACCAUCCCCAAAAUGCUGGGCAUUUUCUGGUUUGGCCUUGGUGAGAUUGCCUUUGGGGGAUGCUUAGCUCAAAUGUUCUUCAUACACUUGUUUACAGGCACUGAAGCAUUCAUGCUUUUAGCCAUGGCCUUUGACCGUUAUGUUGCCAUCUGCCACCCUCUCCGAUACAACACAAUCCUUACCAACCAAAUGAUUGGUAUCAUUGCUGUAGCAGGAAUUAUGAUGAAUGUUGUUUUGCUCAUUCCACUGGUAUUUCUCCUUCUGAGGCUUUCAUUCUGUGGACAUUAUAUUAUCCCACACACAUACUGUGAACACAUGGGCAUUGCCCGACUGGCUUGUGUUAGCAUAAGGAUCAACAUAUUAUUUGGAUUAAUCCUUAUUUCUAUUAUUCUUUUGGGUGUUAUUUUGAUUGCCAUCUCCUAUGUGAAGAUUCUGCAUGCUGUCUUCCAGCUCCCUUCCGUGGAGGCCAGGCACAAGGCUCUCAAUACCUGUGGUUCCCAUGUGUGUGUCAUUUUAGCUUUCUUCACGCCAGCGUUUUUUUCCUUCAUGACUCAUAGAUUUGGUCACAACAUUCCCCGUUAUCUCCACAUCCUUCUGGCUAAUUUAUAUGUGAUCAUCCCCCCUUCUCUUAACCCCAUUAUUUAUGGGGUCAGAACUAAACAGAUCUGGGAUCGGGUGGUUAUGAUCUUCUGUUUUAAGAAGUCUGACCCUGAGCACUUGAUUUAG